GAUCCGCUGGUUCCGUAACAACAUCCCGUUGGCUUCCUCAGGCGGUGGGACCUCGCGGCCGCCGCCUCCCGGGAGCGCCCGCCCGCCGGCUCUUCUGGGCCAGUGCGCUCCCCGGCGCAGGCCGCCAUGGCCACCAACCCGCAGCCGCAGCCGCCGCCUCCCCCGCCGCAGCCGCAGCCUCCGCCGCCGCCGCCGGGCCCUGGGGCUGGUCCGGGCGCGAGCGGAGCGGGUGGCGCGGGCGCGGGCGCCGGAGACCCGCAGCUGGUGGCCAUGAUCGUGAACCACCUCAAGAGCCAGGGCCUCUUCGACCAGUUCCGCCGGGACUGCCUGGCCGACGUGGACACCAAGCCUGCCUAUCAGAAUUUGAGACAGCGCGUUGACAACUUUGUUGCAAACCACUUGGCUACUCAUACCUGGAGUCCUCAUCUCAACAAGAACCAACUAAGAAACAAUAUUAGACAACAAGUCCUUAAAUCAGGAAUGCUGGAAUCUGGUAUCGACCGAAUUAUUUCUCAGGUUGUAGAUCCAAAGAUCAACCACACAUUCAGACCUCAGGUGGAGAAAGCUGUGCAUGAAUUUUUGGCCACACUCAAUCACAAGGAGGAAGCAGGUGGCAGCACCGCUCCUGCUGAAGAGAAACCAGAUUCUUCCCUCAUUACACAAGGUGUUCCUGCUCCUGGGCCCAGUGCUAAUGUAGCCAGUGAUGCCAUGUCAAUCUUGGAAACCAUAACUUCUCUUAACCAGGAAGCCAAUGCUGCCUGGGCCUCCACAGAAAUGUCAAAUGCCAAGACCAGUGAGAAAGUAUCCAAAAAACUCUCAUCUCAACCAAGCACUGAUAUUAGUACUGAGAAAGAAAAAAAUUCAGAGGACACGGCUGAUAAAGAAAAGGCUGCACCAGACUGUGGAGGGGAAGGCCAGGAAGCAACCCCGAAGUCUGAAGAACUCAGUGAUCUCCAGUGUCCAGCUGAAGAAAUAAAAAAUCACACGAAAGAGAAUAAUAGCUUGAUUCUGCUAAAUAAGGAUGCUCAGCAGGAAAGCAGUGACCAAAAAAAUAAAUCAACAGACAAAGGUGAAAAGAAACCAGACGGCAAUGAUAAAGGAGAAAGGAAAAAAGAAAAGAAGGAAAAAACCGAAAAGAAAUUUGAUUACUCAAAAAGAAGUGAAGAUGCACUAAAAGUAAAAGAUGAGAAACAACCCAAGGAAAAAGAAGCGGAGGGUUCAAAACUCCCUUCAGAAAAGGGCAGUAAUAGAGCUAAAACCGUCGAAGGAACAAAAGAAGAUUGUGCCUUGAUAGAUUCUGAUGUGGACGGACUUACUGACAUCACAGUUAGCUCUGUUCAUACCAGUGACCUUUCGUCUUUUGAAGAAGACACGGAGGAGGAAGUUGUCAUGUCUGAUAGCAUGGAAGAAGGAGAGAUCACAUCAGACGAUGAAGAGAAGAGCAAACAGAAUAAAACAAAAACCCAAACUAGUGAUUCCAGUGAAGGAAAAGCAAAAAGUGCACGGCAUGCAUAUGUUCACAAACCAUAUCUUUACUCGAAGUACUACAGCGAUUCUGAUGACGAGCUCACUGUAGAACAGCGGCGACAGUCUAUUGCAAAAGAAAAAGAAGAAAGACUUUUAAGAAGACAAAUUAAUAGGGAGAAACUUGAAGAAAAACGAAAACAGAAAGCAGAAAAGACCAAGUCUUCCAAAGGGAAAAGUCAAGCCAAAAAUAAUCUGGACUUAGAAGAAUCAACAAAGAGUUUAGAACCAAAAGCCCCUAGAAUUAAAGAAGUUCUUAAGGAACGGAAAGUUUUAGAGAAAAAAGUAGCCUUAAGCAAAAAAAGGAAGAAAGAUUCCAGGAACAUUGAAGAGAAUUCCAAAAAGAAACAGCCGUCUGAAGAAGACUCUAAAGAAAUCCUAAAAACAAGUGAGCACUGUGAAAAGGAAAAGGCAUCUUCUUCAAAGGAACUAAAGCAUGCUCAUGCAAAAAGUGAACCAAGUAAGCCUGCCCGGAGACUUUCAGAAUCAUUACAUUCUGCUGAUGAAAACAAAAGUGAAUCCAAAGUAGAGAGAGAACAUAAAAGACGAACAUCUACUCCUGUUGUAAUGGAAGUGGCACAGGAAGAAACUGAGACAAGAGAUGGGAAAAGGCAACUAGAACGCUCAGAAAUCAGCAUAGAAGAACCCCAGAAACAGAAAAGUACACUGAAAAAUGAAAAGCAUCUGAAGAAAGAUGAUUCGGAAACAUCACAUUUAAAAAGCCUCCCUAAGAAGGAGGCAAAGUCGUCCAAGGAGAAGCCUGAAAAAGAAAAAACUCUGUCAGAAGAGAAAUUAUCUACGAAACAUAAAUAUAAGAGUGACAGCACGCACAAAACAGGUGAUGAGACUGAAAUAUAUUCCUCUGAGAAAGGUUUAAAAGUAGAGGAAAAUACUCAGAAGCAAAGCCAACAGACAAAGCCUUCUUCAGAUGAUAAAGCCGAACGGAAAAGUAAACAUAGGAAUGAAAGGAAAUUAUCAGUUUUAGGCAAAGAUGGAAAGCCAGUUUCUGAAUAUAUUAUAAAAACAGAUGAGAAUGUGCGUAAGGAAAGCAACAAAAAAGAGAGACAAUUGUCAACUGAAAAAAUGAAAGUGGAGCACAAAUCAAGACGAUCAAGUGAUUCCAAAAUUCAGAAAGAUGCUCUAAGUUCCAAGCAACACAGUGUCACAUUACAGAGAAGAAGUGAAAGUUGUUCGGAGGAUAAGUGUGAUACAGACUCAGCUAAUUUAGAUAGCAACUUAAAACCAGAAGAGCUUGUUCACAAGGAGAGGAGAAGAGCAAAGAGCUUGUUGGAAGAUAAACUUACGGUGAAGUCUAAAUCGAAAGGUCAAGGCAAACAGUUAAAAGUUCCUGAAACAGAAUUACAAGAGAGUGUCACAAAACAGGCAGCCACUCCAAAACUAGAGAAGGAGAAGAGCAUAGACGAAAAUGACCCAGAAAAACAGCGCAAGUCUAAAGUUGAAGACAAACCUGUAGAAGAAACUUGUGUUGAACCUGCAUUAGAGAGUGCUACUUCUUCACAUAGUGUCCAGAAAGACUCCAGUCACAGAGCUAAAUUACCACUGGUAAAGGAGAAAUAUAAAGGUGAAAAGGAUUCAAGCUCCUCUAGACUUGAGAGAAAGUUAUCAGAUGGCCAAAAAAGCAGAAGCAUAAAGCAUAGUAGUAAAGACAUAAAAAAGAAGGAAGAAAAUAAAGCAAAUGAGAAAGAUAGUAAAGAAACUGACAUUAAUCAUGAAAAGACCCGGGGAAAUGGUUCAGUCAUAGAAAAGAAAUUAAGUAGAAGGUUGUCUGAAAAUCGAAGAGGAAGCUUAUCACAAGAAACAACCAAAGGAGAAGAAAAAUUAACAAACACUUUGGGUACUCCCAAUAGUUCCACCCUUCAGAAACCAAGACGAAGUGGUGAUUCCACAUCAAUCCUUGAACAAGAGCCAAUGGAAAUUGAUUCUGAAGCAGCUAUUGGAAAUGUAUGCGAAGUAUCUAAAACCCAAGACAACAGUAAUAGUAGUUCUCAACAAGACACUGACUCUGAAAAUAUCACAAAACAAAAAACUACUACCACCGUUCGAAAGGAUGAAUUAAGAACUUCUACCAUAGAUCCAAAAACAGCUGCAGCCUGUAAAUUGGGGCGUGGAACAGGAGUUUCUAGUAAUUCUGAAAAGCAUACUGACCCUAAAAGCAUCUUGGCCAAGAAAGUGCAUAUCCAAAGUGCUGUAUGCAAACCCAAUCCCAGAGAGAAAGAGCUCCUUCAUCAUUCCUUCAUGAAUGCAGACUCCGAAACAAGUCAUAAAAUGUUGCCCAGUAGCCCUUCAGAAACUGAUAGGCUCCCAAAGGACUUGAAAAGCACAGCCAGACCCACUGAUGAGCAUGUUGCUCAAGGAGAUGUUACUCUUGAACAUUCCACAGAUAGAAACCCCUCACCAGUCUUAAGUUCCAGAAGUGUUGUGCCUCAGAAUGAACCUCAUGCUUCAGAUGUAGUUCCUGUAGUUGACAGAACUGUUUCAGAAGGGGGCAUAGGCAGCACCUCCCUUGUGGAUCACUCUGAUCUCCCUAACCAAAGUUUAACUGGUAGGAAAUCAGAGGCCUCUGGGACAAGUGAUAGCAAAGAAGAUAGUGAAGGUUCCACGGUAGAUGCCUCAGCAGAAGCAAGCAUGACUGGUAGAAGUCACAUUCCAGAAGGUCACCAGGCCACUCUGCUGGACAGUAAAGAAGGAGAAGUAAAUACACCUCUUGCUAGCAAGUCAGAAGCCAUAAUUGUGAAAAAUGAAAACAUUAGCAAAGAGAGCUUGAAGGACACAGACAAGAAAGAAAAUGAAUUAAGUACAGAGCCCACUGUAAAGCAGACAUUUAGAGCUACAGACAAAAAUGCUGAAGCUGUCGAACUUGAGCAUAAUUGCAGCCCAGCUGAAAUAAGCAUUUCGCCUGGUGCUCAAAGAGGGAACAGAAGCAGUGAAGUAGACACCAGUGAUGGGAGCGAUGCUGCAUCAUCCAUUUUGCAGCAAAGGAAUGGAACAGCUGAGUUUGAUAGAGCAGAAAAAGCUUCUGUUCCCACUAGUACUGAAGGGAAGGACCAGGGCAUCACCUCAAACCCAGUAAAGGGUGGAGAUGCCACCACUACUUCAGAAACAGGAGACAGCAGGAUGCCUUUGCCAUGCACCAGCAUUGAGGCAGAUGAAGGCUUCGUAGUGGGUGCAUGCACCAGAAACGAUCCCAUCCAGGUCAGGGCAGAAGCCAGUGAAUGCACCGUUUUUGCUGCAGCUGAAGAGGGCAGGGGUAUUGUCACCGAAGGAUUUGCUGAGAGUGAAACUUUCCUCACAAGCACCAAGGAAGGUGAAAGUGGAGAGUGUACCGUGGCUGAGUCAGAAGACGGAGCCACAGGGCCUGCAGCUGCUCAUAGAGGUGAAAUCGAAGCCAGUGUAAACAGUGUUGUGUCGGAAGAGAAAGAUGACGCAGUAACCAGUGCAGGCUCUGAAGAAAAAUGUGAUGGUUCUUCAAGUAGAGACUCAGAAAUAGUCGAAGGGACUGUUACUUUUAUUAGUGAAGUUGAAAGCGAUGGAGCAGUGACAAGUGCUGGGACAGAAAUAAGAACUGGAUCCAUGAUCAGUGAAGAGGUUGAUGGGACCCAGGGAAACAGAACAAGAAUGGGUCCCAACAAAGAAACAGAAGGCACGGUGACAUGUACGGGAGCAGAAGGCGGAAGUGAUAACUUUGUUAUCUGCUUAGUAACAGGAGCAGGGCCCAGGGAGGAGCACGUGGCUACAGGGGCAGAAGUGGCCCUGGUAGGUAACGAUGUGCCCCCGGGGACUAGUGCGGACCAAGAGGGUGAUGGUUCUGUGAUCGAUGGUGCGGAAGGUGAGAGUGCAGUCACUAGCACAGGCAUAACAGAGGAAGAUGCGGAGGACCCAGCAAGUUGCACAGGCUCGGAAGACAGCAGCGAAGGCUGUCCUAUAAGUUCUGAAACAGAAGAAAGUGGAGAGAGUGCAAUGGACAGCACAGUAGCCAAGGAAGUCACUAAUGUCCUCUUAGUCAUUGGUAGCCCCUGUGAUGAUGAAGGCAUUGUGACCAGCACAGGUGCAAAAGAAGAGGAUGACGAGGGGGAGGGUGUUGUAACUAGUACUGGGAGAGGAAAUGAAAUUGGACAUGCUUCCACUUGCUUAGGUAUGAUAAGUGAAGAAAAUGAAGGGGUGUUGAUUUGCGAAAGUGCAGAAGGGGACAGUCAGGUUGGUCCAACAACAGAACACGUGAUCACUGAGGCCGGGGCAGCCCUCCUGAAUGCAAAUGAAAGUAACAUUGAUAGUGUCAGUGCUGCAGAGAAGGAAAUCAAAGAGACAGAGAUCUGCUCCAGUGCCAAAGGGAUCGUAGAAAGUAGUGUGACCAGUGCAAUUGCAGGAAAGAGUGAAGUGGUGCCAGUUCCGGAAGGUUGUGAGCAUCCCAUGACCAGCGCCGCUUCUGAUCAAAGUGGUAGUCAGCUCAUUAGGAAAGAAAAGGCUAAAGAUACCACUGUUUCCACUGGCCUGGUGGGGGGCAGUUAUGAUGUUCUUAUAUCUGGUGCAGCCCCAGAAUGUGAAGUGGACCACACAUCACCAAGUGAAAAAGAAGAUGAAGGCAUAAUCACCUCUGUAGAAAAUGAAGAGUGUGAUGGCCUCAUGGCCACUACAGUUAGUAAUGAUAUUUCCCACCAGGAUAGCUUAGCUGGGGGUAAAAGCCAAGGCAAAGGCUUGAUGAUUUCCACCAGUACAACAAAUGAUUACACCCCUCAGGUGAGCAUGAUUAGAGAUGCAGGAGAGGGGCAUUCAAGUAGCCUGAGAAGUGAAGAAAACAAGGAAGGCACCAGAGUAAACAUGGAAGAAUUUGAGGCCCCCACACCCAGUGCAGUUUCAGGUGAUGCAAGCCAACUUCCUAGCAGAUGUGAAGAGAAAGAUGAGUGUGCCAUGAUUUCCACAAGCAUAGGGGAAGAGUUUGAAGUGCCUAUUUCCAGUGCAAUAACCAUCAAAUUUGCUGAAAGUCAGCAGCCAGUUGCAGUGGUUGAAGAAAGAGCUAAAGGUACAGUCUUGGUAAGCACUGAGGACUUCGAGGUGCCUAUGCCCAGUGCUCCCGCAGAAGUUGAAAGUCGUCUUGCCUCAACCAGCAAGGAAGAGAAGGAUGAAUGUGCUCUCAUUUCCACCAGCAUAGCAGAAGACUGUGAGGCCUCUGUUUCUGGUGUAAGUGAAAACACACAGACAGUUACAGACGGAAGUGCUGUUAUCUCAACGAGCUCAGGGGAAGACUGUGAGGGCUCUGUGUCCAGUGCUGUCCCUCAGGAGGUAGUCUGCCCUUUGGUCACACCAGCAGAAGAGACAAAUGACACUGCCAUGAUUUCCACGAGCACUUCUGAAGGAUGUGAAGCAGUCAUGGUUGGUGCUGUCCACCUAGAUGAAGACCAGGCCACCCCUGCAAGAAUGGAAGACUUGAGUGAUGCUGCAAUCAUCUCCACCAGUACAGUUGAGUGUGUGCACAUGGUCACCAGCCUGCACCAGCGCAGAGAGAAUCAGCGGGCUGCAAACAACCCCAAAGGAAGCGAUGAGCUGUCAACGGCAAGAGUGAGCAAGUGUGAGACCCCCAUGCCCAGCCUAAUUGUGGACAAUAACUGUCAGUACCCUGGGCUGUUCACAGGAGACAAGAAAGGGGGCCCUGUGCUGGCAGUGAGCACUGAGAAAGGGCAUGACCGGCUGCUGGUCUGUGAGCCCUCUGCUGGCCAAGGCCACCCAAGAGCUGAGUGUGCAGAAGAGGAGGAGAGACACAGCAAGGAUUGCCCUGGCCAAAACCCGUGUGCAGCAAAAGGACAAAACCAAAGCACUUUGCGUCUCCUAAAUGCAGAAAAGACUGUGUCGCCAGCUGAGGACAAAAGUGCAGAAGCUGAGACAGCAGAGGGCAGUGGCAUGGUCCAUUGUGCAGCAGAAAGGGCCCUAGAGAGGAGUGCUCCCUCACCUGCCCAGCUGAGCAGACCAGAGCAGACAUCUGGGCAGCCAGCUGAGGACCUAUCCAUCAGCACUCACUCCUUGGCAGCAGUAAGUACCGGUGCUAAAAAAGCUGAUGACGUCCCACCUGUCAAAGACACUGCUGCAGAGUAUUCCUCUAUUCCUCCUGACCAGCUAGGUCCUGAGGACAACUUGAAAGCCACUGCCACUAAAUGUAUUACCAGCCAAGAGUCAAAAGUUGCUGCUACCCACACAGUCGUCUUUGCAGCUGCCUGCCAUGUAGCUGUAUCAGCUCCCACAUUCGAGGAAGACUUGACCACAGAGAGUGACCAUAUUGGCCAGCGAACUGAUGAAGCAUCUGCCAGGAAAACAGGACAAGGUCACAGCAUGGGGACAGCAUGUCUCCUCGGGGAAGGGGACCUGGAGGUGACUGUUUCUGCUGAACAGAAUUUGUGUGACGAAGGCAAUGAAGAGUUUCCACCAAAGGUUUUGGAAGGAUCAGAGCUGACAGCCAACUUGAAAACCGAGACAUUUGUGCCUUCAGAAGAAGAGAAAGUUCGUGAAAUUCUAGCAAUGGGAGAAAGUCAGUGUGGGGGAAAGCCAAGUGGAAUGGCUGAACUGCAGAGAAAGCCUUCAUUGGUGAAAGACUCCCUAAAUGUUGAGAACUUAGGCUCACAAACAAAUGAAGAAAUUCAUAACCAACUUUGUAGCAAAGGAGAGAUAUCCAGUGACAGAAAAGACAACACAGAAACCACAAGAAGUCACAGUGUUGAAGCAAACCCUAAAGAGGUUGAAGAGGAAGAAGGGCAUAUCUCUAAAAGAAAGGGAACAAAGCAUUACCCAUCCUCAGAAGAUGAACUGGAUGAUCAUCCAGAUGUCCUAACAGAAGCAGCACAGAGACAGUGCUGUGAAACUGAGCCACAAGACACAAAGGAGGAGGCCUCUGGAGAUUUCGAAGGACUGUCUAGAACGAAUUCUAAGGCAAACAGCACUAUUUCCAGGGCCGUGGAAGACAAAGAUGAAUGUAGCAGCAGUGAGGCUACUGGUGAGAAGACGGAACAGAAUGAAGAUGACAGCAUCAAAUCACAAGAGGAAGAUCAGCCAAUAGUUAUUAAAAGGAAAAGAGGAAGACCUCGUAAAUACCCUGUGGAAACAGCAAUAAAAACAAAAGAAGACUCCAAAACAGACACUGGUAUUGUUUCUGUAGAGCAGUCUCCACCUAGCAGCAAACUGAAAACGACACAAGCAGAUGAGUCCAGUAAAGAAACAGCUAACCUACAAGAAAGAAGUACAAGCAAUGAUGAUGGUGAAGAGAAAACAGUAGCAAGUGCUCGUCGGAGAGGAAGAAAGCCCAAACGUUCACUCACCCUGUCAGAUGAUGCUGAAUCCUCAGAGCCAGAAAGAAAACGCCAGAAAUCGAUCUCUGAAUCAACUGAGGACAAAAAAGAUCAGGAGUCUGAUGAGGAAGAGGAAGAAGAGGAAGAGGAUGAACCCUUGGGAGCCACCACUCGGUCCACCACCAGAUCAGAGGCGCAGAGAAAGCAUCAUAGCGAGCUACCUGCACGUGCAACAUCCAAACUUGGCAGCCCAGAAACAGUUUCUCCUAGAAAUCGCCAAAAAUUAGCAAAAGAGAAGUUACCUACCAACGAAAAAGUUAGUGAAUCUCCCCCGUUAGGAAGAUCAAAGACACAGCUGUCCCCUUCUACCAAGCGCAAGAGAGAAGUGAGCCCUCCUGGGGCCCGGACCCGCGGCCAGCAGAGAGUAGAGGAAGCCCCUGUGAAGAAGGCGAAGCGGUAAUGCCGGCCCCUCGUCCCCAGCUUCCGAGGAGCACAGCGGAGAGAAAAGGGACAGGACAGGGCCGCGUCUCUCGGCCAUAGGCUUCUGUUUUUCUUUCUUAACCAAGGAAAGGGUAUGCAUGUGCUAUAAGUUCCUAGGUGCAAGCUUUUCCUUAUUAUGUUUUAAACAGCUUUAUAAACUACUGUUCAUAGAAGAUAUUAUGUACAUUUAUUUCAGAUAAAGGAAAAUAAGUUUACUUUGUAUCUGAACUCAAAACAAAGUAGUUGUAUAUUUUAACAUUCGAAAUUGGGAUCUCCCAAUGUGACACAUCACAAAAGCAAACCCUCCCAGCCCAUCAGACGCCAGGCUGCCGACCGGUGAUCUGUGUAUAGUAUAUAAACAUGUAAAAAUAGGCUGUAUUUUACUCUAUGUAUGAUGCUAAUCAAUGAACACUUUAUUUAUUUUACAGAGAAAACUUUAUCUGUGAACUUUACUAUAUAUCUGUUUAUUUUAUUUUAUUGGUUUUUUUUUAAUAAAAAAGGUUUUAAAUGCUAUGCAGUCAUUAGUAGAAACCUUUGUAGGACUCUGCCUGCCCCGUAACUAUCUGACUAUGACCUGGCAGGAAAUACAGACACUCGCAUGUAUCCAAGUAAAGUAGUGUAGCAAAAGAAAGGGUCUCCGUUGCUUUUCUGUUCAGUUGUGACUGCUUUUUAAGAAUGUAACUUGUUUUUAGAUUAUUACACUCGCAUCUGUGACUUUACCACCAGCCCCUGUGACGUUAGAUCCUGGUUCAGGUAAAGUCGGCCCAUCCUCUGCAGCAGGAGUCCUCUGUCACGUUCUCCCCGCUCUGUGCUUUCCUGGCUUCCUCAAGAUCCCGCAUCUUGUCUCUCAGCGAAGGGAAGUGGUCACUCCCACCAACUCAGCUUCAGGAUUUUACGUUGUUUUUAUACACAGUUAUUUCAGGAGAGAAGCUGGUUUUACUGCCAGGUUCUUUUUUAAACAUGUUUUAACUCCCAUACGAACAAACUGUGCAACUUAAGUUUUUCAUAAAAUUAAACUUUUCUUAAGGUCAAAUUUGUCUCUUGCAAUGAUGUGAUGAGUUGCCAAAUAAUUGAGAUUAUUUUUAAAUGUUUUGUUCAUAUUCUUGUUUUAUAAUUAAAAUAUACAUUCAGUG